AUGCAGACGCCCGCCACAGCCCUCGCAUGGGUGAACUCUGCACGCAAGACAUUCAAGGCUUCAGGGGUCAUUUGCGCCGGUAGUGCCUCCAAUGGUGCGAACCACGCCGGUGCCAACGGCAACUUCGAGAUUGUGUGUAGCGUGGACUAUGCUGAUGCCGAUAUCGCCGCCCUCCAGGUCGCCAGCUUCGAGGACUGCAUCAAGGCUUGCGAUAAUGAUCCCCGAUGCGUGGAUGUCUCGAAAAACCACAUUGGGAAAACGUGCUGGACCAAGGACCUACUCAUCACACCCAACCCCGUGGAAGCCAUUUGGACUGCAAAAAAGGUUGUCAAGGAGAAGCCGACGUUGCAGGUCACAUGUGUUGGCAACGCUGCUGACGGCACCCCGUACAAAGCGACCAAGAGCACAUUUCAGAUCCUCUGCGGUGUGGAUUAUGGGGGCGGGGACGUUGGAGCUGCUCAGUAUGACACCUUUGAGGAGUGCAUGAAAGCAUGCAACGCUGACGACCGAUGCGUCGACGUUUCUUACGGCCCUCAGGGCAGAAACUGCUGGACGAAGGAUACCCUCAACACCCUGAACCCCGUUGAUUGGACCUUCAAAACGACAACCGGCAACGAGUAUCAGAUCAUCCGCGGUCAGGACUACGCUGGGGGAAGAUCUCAAAGCUUCCGCGAUAACUAUUGGGGCGAGGUGUACAUGAAACCCAUGGACCAGUCUUUCAACGGUUACACUUUGACCAAAUGUGCCAAGAACUCUGACCCGUGCUCAAAGGGACUCACCUGCUCCAUCAUCGACGCAGGAGGCGUGGAAAG